AACUUCAUUUUUUCAAUGUAGAUCAAAAUGCUUGGUUUUUUUGGAGAUGUUACUUUAUUCUUAAAGUUUGAUACAGUGUGCAUCGAUAAUCAUGUUUUUAAACUUCACUAUAAGGCAACAGUUAUCAUCCUUGUUAUUGCUAGUCUACUAGUUACCGGCAACCAAUAUAUAGGGGAUCCAAUUGAUUGUAUGUGUGAUGGAAUACCGGGAGGAAUAAUUGACACCUACUGUUGGAUUCAUUCUACAUUUAGUAUUCCAGAGAGAUUUGUAGGAAAACAGGGAAUUGAUGUCGCCUUCCCUGGUGUUGCUCCAAUAGAAGUUGAUGGAAAGGAGCCCAGAUAUCAUAAAUACUAUCAGUGGGUGUGUUUUGUGUUAAUGCUGCAAGCAGCUUUCUGCUUUGCUCCGAGAUUUGUGUGGAAGGGUGUUGAAGAUGGUAAAAUAAAGAUGUUGGUUCAGGAUAUGACGGAUCCAGAUUAUGUUGUUAAUGCUGAGAAAAGAAAAGAUAGAAUCAACUUAAUCGUCAAAUAUUUCAGAGAAUUUCGUGGAGGACAUGCCGCUUACAGUUUUAAGUUUUUUACUUGUGAACUUUUUAAUCUGAUUAUCAUCAUUUCACAAAUAUUCUUCAUGGACAGGUUUCUAGGAUAUGAGUUCAGUGAGUACGGUCUAGAUGUACUGGGAUAUACUGAGCUAGAUCCUAGAGAGAGACCAGAUCCAAUGGCUGUCGUUUUUCCGAAGAUCACAAAGUGUACGUUCAGAAAGUACGGAGCAUCUGGAAGUAUUGAAAAGUAUGACGCACUCUGUGUCCUACCUUUAAAUAUCAUUAACGAGAAGAUUUACACAUUUCUGUGGUUCUGGUUUAUUAUUGUGGCCUCGGUGACAGGACUUUACAUGCUGUACAGGGUCUUCAUCAUCCUAGGGGCUGGACUCAGGGUCGCUCUUAUUCAGUCUAGAACUGGUCGAGGAUUACCUAGGGAGAAGUUAGAGGAUAUUUUAAAUGAGAAAACUUUAAAUAUUUUACAGAAGAAUGGUGACUUCUUUCUUCUACAUUUAGUUACAAAAAACCUAGAUGAAAUGACAAACAAGGAACUGCUUGAAGCAAUACACCUAGAUCUAUAUCCUGCGACAUCAAUUGAAAAUAAGGAUGUAGAUGGAAGUAAUGGCAUCUCUACAACAUCUGUCUAAAAUUGAUCUCCUCAUAUUAUCUCGUCUCAUCAAUAAAUCUCAUGUAAUCUCUGCUUGUAAACUGUAAACAGUACAAGCUGAAACCUUUAGAAUUUGAUGCCCUUAAUACAGACUGCUUAAUCUUAAUAUCCACUAUGGAUACUCUUUUUUUUACACCUCUACUGGAUGCCGACCGAUAAGAAUUCUCUCAUUAAAAUUACAAAAAUUACAAGUUUCCUGGCUUCUGAUUGGCUGUUCGGGCAUCUUUAUACAUUACUCUGAUUGGUUAAAUUUUAGAAACUCUCCUGGAUACAAACUAAUGAAUAAAAUAAUCUUAAGAGGAGAUCAAUCAUUGAUAUCGAUUUCCACAAUUCUAAAGUUUUCAGCUCAGGGUGUCCUAAGACCCAAUGGAAUUAAGGACGUCCAUUAGUGAAAUUUUUUUCUUCAAAUUAAGAUUACUUUUGUUUUGAGAUUAUAGAAAUGUUGUAUGCCAACAGAGGACGACAUUUGAAAAGAUGUCUGGUUUGACUUUUUUUCAUUUUUCAAGAGUUACUGACUGCCUAAAGAGAAUCUCAACUCAUAUGGAAAAUAUAUCAAAAAUACAUUUUACAAAAUUAAACCAUAUUUCCUCUACUUCACUAAACAUGAUUAUAUGAAUGUUAUUGUUAAUUCAAUAUUUUGGUGUUUAUAAAUUUAAAGUACUACUUUACUAUGCAAAAAAUGU